AUGAACAGUACUUCACCGCCAUCUUCAUCAUCAUCUUCAUCAUCAUCAAAUCGCUAUAAUUGUAGAAAGCUUGCAUUCACUAAUGGUGGUCGCACACGAUUUUCUCCACCAGGAUCUUCACGCUCAAUAAAUAAUCUUAACAAUGCUAAAUCUGGUCCAAAUCCAGUUAUUUUACAUAAUUUACUUAAAUUAAACCAACUUGUUGAUACUCUAAAAUCUUUAAAACGUCUCAUAUCCCAUUAUUUUGAUCAAAUAUCAAAACAAGGUGAAUCUAUAUUAGCUGGUGAUGUGCGACGUGUAUAUCGUCGUAUAUUACUACUUUAUGUUAAAUAUCGUCGACGACAAAAUUAUGAAAAACGUCGUAUGAAACAACCAAUUGAUGAAUCCGAUGAUGAAGAUAAUGAUGAUGAUGAUGAUAAUAAUAAUAGUAAUACUAACAACCAUAAUAAUGAAACAAAUAAUAUAAAUAUUUCACCAACUAGGACAAUGAAAAAAAUAGUUAGUUCACAAAGUUUACCAUUUACACGUGCUGGUUUUGAUGCUGAUCAUGAUGGUAUCGAAGAUUUUGAUGAAAUAGCAUUAGCUGCAACACGUGACGUUGCUAAUAUACAAAAUCAUUGUGUUCGAUUGAUUCUUAAUGAUUAUCAAAUGAAAUUACCUAUUUAUGGUUUACAAACACGGUGGGACAGUGAAAUACCAAAACGACGAAAACAAAUGGAAUCAUCAACAGCAUCAGCUGCUUAUAAUCGAGUCGAAAUUGUUAAAAAGACAGGAAUUAAACCACCUAAUGUUUUACCAUUAAUACCUUCUCAUCCUUCUUCUCUUCCUGCACCUCUAGUAAUAACACCAACUACAAGUGAUCAAGAAUUAUUUUUAGGCUCACUUGCUCGUCAAUUAAAUGAGCAAACAUGGGAACAACUUCGUUCAAUUUUAGCUAAUCUUAAUUCUCAAACAUCAUUAUUAUCAUCAUCAUCAUCAACAACUAAUUCUGAAGAACAGCUUACAAAAUAA